AUAAAUUUUGCAUGCACCACCAAUCCAAAUGACAAGGGAAAUAACUUUUGGAGUGUAAAGAAGGUCGACUCAAUAUGGCAGCAUCUGGUGUCCGGACGAUAAGAUGGAUUGAGUCCACAUUUCGUAAGGUUAUUGCCAUAAAGCCACAUGUGCCUUUAAUUAAGUUUCCUGACCGAAGAGCAAAAGGGGUAGUAAAAUCUACUUCUUCACUAAAUAUGAUACCAUCAGCUUCACCUAAUGUUUCCAAAUCUACAAACAUAACUUUAGCUACCAGUUUAGAAUGGGAAGAUUUACCAGCCAAGUACCACAGAAAGUCUCUUACACCUGAGGAAAUGGAAUUUAUUGAGAGAGGAGGCCCAGCCUAAUGGAUUUAUCUCCAGAAAGUUACAGCCAGAAUGCUAGUGUUGUUUAUUUAUUAUAAAAGCUCAAGGACCUUAUAACCAUGAUUUAGACAAAAAAAAAAAUGAAAAGAAAAACUCUCAUAUUGUCAAACAAGUUUUAAUAGUUCCGAGAGGUUUAUUUGGAACAUAAAAGUAUUGAAAAAUCACAGCAUUUAAUUUUAAUAAAUGCUAAUGAUUGUAAAAUAAAUACUUGUAAUUAUAAA